AUGGCCGAAGUCGACGGCUACGAGGAGAGUCACAAUGGUGAUGAGGGCGGCACGACCGGCCCUGGCGCGCCAACGCCACUCUCUGCACUUGAGGGCGUUGCAGGUCUGACGAAGCGUGAUAUCCAAAUGGUGGUUGAUGGAGGUUUCAACACAGUAGAGUCGGUCGCGUACACCCCACGUAGAAUGCUUGAGCAGAUCAAGGGUAUUUCUGAGCAGAAAGCCACCAAGAUCCUCGCCGAAGCCUCGAAACUCGUGCCAAUGGGCUUCACGACCGCUACCGAGAUGCACCAACGACGCAGUGAGCUCAUUUCUAUCACGACGGGCUCAAAGCAGCUAGACACCCUUCUCGCCGGUGGUAUCGAGACCGGAUCAGUGACCGAGCUUUUUGGAGAGUUCCGCACGGGAAAGAGUCAGAUCUGCCAUACGCUUGCCGUGACGUGCCAGCUGCCCUUCGACAUGGGCGGUGGCGAGGGCAAAUGCUUGUACAUCGACACCGAGGGUACGUUCCGGCCUGUUCGGUUGCUCGCCGUCGCCAACCGAUUUGGUCUUUCCGGAGAAGAGGUCCUGGACAACGUGGCAUAUGCGCGUGCGUACAACUCGGAUCAUCAGCUUCAGCUCCUCCAGCAGGCUGGCGCCAUGAUGUGUGAGACUCGGUUCUCCCUCCUCAUCGUCGACAGUGCUACGGCUCUCUACAGAACCGACUUUUUAGGCAGAGGCGAGCUGUCGUCGAGACAGACCCAUCUUGCCAAGUUCAUGCGCACCCUUCAGCGUCUCGCGGAUGAGUUUGGAAUCGCUGUCGUCAUUACGAACCAGGUUGUUGCGCAGGUUGAUGGCGGACCCAGUGCCAUGUUCAAUCCUGACCCGAAGAAGCCGAUUGGCGGCAACAUCAUUGCUCACGCCAGCACGACAAGAAUUAGCCUGAAAAAGGGACGCGGCGAGACCCGUAUCGCCAAGAUAUACGACAGUCCCUGCUUGCCCGAGAGCGACUGCCUCUUCGCCAUCAACGAGGACGGCAUUGGCGACCCCAGCCCCAAGGACCUGGAGAAAGACUGA